CUGUGGUAUCAGUGGAUGGGCAGCCAGUCAAACURCAGCUCUGUGACACAGCUGGACAGGAUGAGUUUGACAAGCUGCGUCCUCUGUGCUACACCAGCGCAGACGUGUUCAUGUUGUGCUUCAGCGUCGUCAGUCCCGCCUCCUUCCAGAAUGUGCCGGAGAAGUGGGUCCCCGAGAUUCGGAAGCACGCCCCGUGCGCACCCCUCGUCCUCGUCGGGACGCAGUGCGACCUCCGAGAGGAUGUCAAGGUCCUGAUUGACCUGGCCAAAUACCGAGAGCGGCCCAUAGACCCGGCAGACGCCCGGGACUGUGCGAUGGAGAUUGGAGCUGUGGCCUACAUGGAAUGCUCCUCYCUGACCCAAAAGAAUCUGAAGGAAGUGUUUGACGCGGCCAUACUGGCCGGCAUACAGAACCACGGCUCCCGUAAAGACUCGAGAGGGAAACAGAAAYGCAGGAAAAAGCGAAGGCAAAAACCAGACAAGAUGAAGAGCCUGUCCAAGUCUUGGUGGAAAAGGUACUGCUGUGUGGCCUGAAGCAGACCUGUGACGGGUUCGCUUCCCGCUUCCAGUCAGGGAAGGAAUCUGAGUUGGAUCGCUCAGUUCAAACCUAUGAACUGGUUUUGGCUUAAUUUGGACUCAAAAGCUUUUUUUUUGUACAAAAGAACCUAAUGCAUGACUUUGCCUUAAAUAUGGAAGAGAACUAAGAUUUCUGCAAAUUACUAUUUUUUUAAUUGCAGAUGAGAUUUACUACUGAGCCUCUGAUCUGAGCCCUUUGCACGGUGCUCCUGCGUCUGUAGAAUUAAGCUUACAUGAACACUACUAUUAUUAUGGGGCGAGCCAAAGAUGUGAUCAUAUUAAGGAUUUGACUGAUUCAGUUUUUUAAAAAAACACUUAAUUCACUGUUUUUCUCCUGGAGUCUUGGUAAAAUCCCCUGUAAAAGUCUAUCGUGAAUUCAACCCGCCUUGUUGUGUUGCCUUAAGAAAAACUGGAAUCUCAUAGAAAUGUAAUUAUUACUAUCAGGGACCUAAAUUCAGCCACAUGCUGUCAUUUUUCUAAAUUGUGUCUAACUUUAGACUGGUUUCUGCAGAAUGAAAGAGAGCUGCCCUCUGACCAGACUUUGUCAUUUAGGAUUUUACGACCCAGACAUGAUCACCAGACAUAUUUAAAGCCAGAACAAGUGCAGCUGGGAGAUCAUUUUUCUCCCCACAGAACUCAGGCCAUUGUUAUUCUUUUUGAAAAACAACUUACCAACUCGUUUUAGCCUGACCACAGACACAGCUUCCUGUUUCGCCACCCAUUAAUUAGUGUCAGACCUGGAUUGUGCUUGUUUAACUUUAGCAGAACAAUGUAUGAUAAAAGUCGAACUUAAGAGUUUAGCCUGACUUUUCUGCAACCUUUGGCUCCACGAAGGUAACAGAACCAAAUUUAAAAUCUGRCUCAGAGAUUUCUAAACAGUCAGGUAUUAUUUUAUAAAAAUACCUUUUUUUGAGUUUGUAUUGGUGGCUGCAGUGAUUUAUCAUCCUCAAAUGGAAAUGAAAUGGUACCAGUGUGGGCUGGUUAACCAUAAAGCUUCUUGUGGUGGGAGAUCUCUGGGUUGCACUUGACUUUACUCAAGUCUGAAGAACAUUAAUCAAUUUAGGAUCACAGUGUUGCUCAAUGUAAGCAUCUCUGAUGUCGUCUUUAAAGAGAAAAUUAACAAAUCAGUCAAAAACUGAUGGUUUGAAUUCAAAACGAUCAUCGGGGCAACUGAUAGUAUAGAUCAGCAGCAAGGUGCAAAACAGGCAAAAACCUAUUUUUAUAUGUUUAUACUGUUUAAUGUGAGUUUGAUUUAUCGUUUUAAACACUUAAACAGCCUCAAAUAUGAGCACUUGUUUUAAUGAGACAAAAACUCAGCUGUUUUUUUUUAGUAAAAAUGUAGAUAAUAUUUUUUUAUCAAAGCAGAUUCACAUAAAUAAUUAUUGACUUAAAUUUAAGUUCAGUGCUAAAAAAAGGAAAAUAAAAUAAAGCAAAACACAAAUGUGUGUCAGAAAACCCUCAGCUGAACAUUUAGUUACUAAAUCAGAAGUAAAAUUCACUAAUAUUUAUUAUAUUAUUCUUCCUGUCUACAUGUAAACAGAUCUUUGUGUGAGAACCUCUGAAACAAAAGGAAAGGAUCAAAUUAGCUGCAGCUUGUCGUUUUUUUAUUUUUUAAUCAAUGAACACAAACACAUUUUAUUGCUCAUGUAUAAACAGAAAGGUGGUCUUGUUCAAUUUUUACAUAACCUGGGUUUCAAUAAAAAAAAAAACAAGAAUUCUGGAUCAUCACACUAUUAUUUUUUUGGUUUUAUUGCCAGUAAUUCAAGUAAAUACUGCCAACUGUUUUGGAGGCAUCUGAUCUAAAGGUUAAGAUAUUUAAUUUGGUACAUAUUUUGUUUUAUUUUUUUCAAUGUAAUUGACUAGCACCAGGUUACCUGAUGUUUAUUUUAAUGUCACAAUUCUACUAAUUUUAUUUCUUUAAAUUGGACAAAUAAAAGUUGAAACGGUAAUGUCGCGGUCUCAAGGAUGCUGUGUUUGUGAAACCGACCUUCAUCUAAAACUUGUGUUUUAAGUCCUGGACUGAAGACUGGAGCUUUCUGCAGCUUCCUCCUUGUUGACGAUGUUGUUGCUGUAACUGUUGACGAUGUUGUUGCUGUAACUGAAUGUGUUCACUGUGUCGACGUCUCGCUCCUCGUAGCAAAAGCUUCGUGUCUUCCAGGGAAAAAAAAGACACAAUCGGUUGUUUGUCCUGGUGUUUGUGUGUCGUCUUGGUUCAUUGUGGAGUUAAGCGGGCUAAAGGUCGUGCACAGUUUUAUGACAGCUGGCAUUUCCUGUGUCAGUUUUCUGCUUACAGUACAUUUGCAAUUUGACAAGAGUUGGUUUCUUGUUAGGAAAAAUGUAUACAUGUUUUUAUUCUAAAUAUAGUACCUUAAAUUAUUAACAAUGAUUUGCAUGAAAGCUGCUUUUCUUAACCGCUCACUCACUGCUUUGGUUGCAAAAACAGACCUGUGUUUCAUCCUUUAAAUCCUGUGCAAAUUUAUCUGCAGCACUCUGGUCGUAUUAUAUUCAAAGGUUAUUUUGUGUUAAAACAUAGACAGCCUUUAAAACUGUGUUACUAUAAGUGUUACAGAGUUGAAUCUCCUCAGGUGGUUGAUUUUCAGCAGAGGUGAACUUGGAUGACAGGUGUGUGGUUUUGUGAUGUUCAACAGACCGUGUCUGAAAGUGAAGACAGAAAAAAUGGCGCUCAGAUGAAUGUUUGGUUGAUUAAAAGUAAAACAUUAAUAUUCAGCGAUACUCUAUUGGAGUAUGAGAUUUAUGAUGAUCUGAUGUUUGAUCAAGCCUCCUUUAGUGAUGUCGUUAAUAAAUAGGUGUCCUAAAUCCAAGUAAGUUUACACAAAUUUAAAUAAGUCUAAGGCUACAAUAUGACACGAUGAUGAUUAAUAAAUUGGUGUCCUACGACACUAGCCUUGACUUAUUUCUGUAAACAUGUCUUUGUUUUGUUCCACUAAUUUCUCAGAAAGCAAAGCAAACCGAUGGAUUCAGCCGAUCGUUUGCUUGUUUAACUGGGGUUGUUAGCUUUUAAAUGCACACCUGAGCAUGCUCAGAUAGGACACCAGCUGAAACAUMCAUGUGUUUUUAUUAUCCAGGAGUGUAAAAACACAGGAACAGAUUACCCGCCGCUGCUGCAACCCCCUCGUGUUGACGUCACCCAGAGGAGCCUGUGUUUACACAGAUCUGUAACACCCUGAGAAAUAAAGAACAUUUUGGAAUAAGAUA